CUCAACUCUAUGUCUAAAAUUGCUUUUAUUUAUAUUUACUUUCCAUCAAAACCGGCAUGGAGGUCAUAAAAGAUAAUGCAGCUUUGCUUUCAAACACAGAGGUGUUAGCUCUAUUGGAAAAUUUGAAAAGUGACCUCAAAGGGCCUAAAUAUUCUGUGAGACUACAGGAAGGACAGUUAAGUGAUAAAGAAAAAGCAUUACAACGUCUAAAUACAGUUGUUUAUGAAACUGUAAAAUACCUAGAAGAAAUGCCCUGUGCAACUCAAACACCUGAGUCUGUAAGAAAUUUUUUAACAGCUGUUCAACCUUAUAGUUUAACUAAGGCAGAAAAACUGCAACUAUUAAAUAUGCGUCCAACAAGUUUGGUGGAAAUACAAUUACUUAUAGAAGAAAGUGAAGAGCGUUUCAAUGAAGAUCAAAUGAAUGAAAUUCUUUCCGUUGUAGCUGAAAUGUUACCCCCUGCUCCAGAAUCUGAUAGCAAACCUUCAUCUGAAGUAGAUUUUGAAGAAAAUGGAUAAAUAAAAUUGUAAUAUUUUUUCAGUUUUUAUAUCAAGCAACAGUGUUGAAUUUUGCAUGGUUAUUCCAUUUUUGUAUAUUUUUUUUAAUUUAAAAAUAAAUGUAUUUGUU